AUGCUAAACCAUCCCAUGAAGACCUCCAGUAUGGAGGGCACAUCCAGCUGGCUGUCCCACAUGAAGACCUCCAGCGUGGGGGGCACAUCCAGCUGGCUGUCCCCACAUGAAGACCUCCAGCUGGAGGGCACAUCCAGCUGGCUGUCCCCACAUGAAGUCCUCCAGUAUGGAGGGCACAUCCAGCAUGGAGAUGCCUACACCAACAACGAGGUCAUCUACCUAUGGACGCAAGGAGAUGAGAAGUCUGUGGCGGUGGCAGAGGACGGCUCCAGACUCAACCAGUACGACCUACUAGGACACGUUAUUGGGAAGGAGACCAUCAGCUCCUCUACAGGAGAAUAUGUAGUGAUGACAACGUAUUUCCAUUUGAAAAGGAAAAUUGGCUAUUUUGUGAUUCAGACCUACCUUCCCUGCAUCAUGACUGUCAUCCUGUCCCAGGUCUCCUUCUGGUUGAACAGAGAGUCAGUUCCUGCACGCACGGUAUUCGGCGUCACCACAGUCCUGACAAUGACGACACUGAGUAUCAGUGCCAGGAACUCCCUCCCUAAAGUGGCCUAUGCCACAGCCAUGGACUGGUUCAUGGCCGUGUGCUACGCCUUUGUCUUCUCUGCUCUGAUUGAGUUUGCCACAGUCAACUACUUCACCAAGAGGAGCUGGGCGUGGGACGGCAAGAAGGAGGGCCAGGAGAUACGGGAACCCUUUCAGAGUAACAUUGCCAGGAUUAAAGAUAUGCGGAGAGAAUCAGCCUCUCUCUCCAAAAAGACAAACAACCAGUUCAACAUAGUCGGAACUACCUAUGCUAUCAACGUAGCCAAAGACCAAGGCUUGACAACCGUCUCUAAGAGCGCCUCCCCCGUUCCUGUGAGGCACCACCACCACCACCACCACCACAUCCCCAAAAUGGACGACCCAUACAUGGAAGCCAGGAAGUCCUACAACCGCGUCAGUAAGGUGGACAAGAUAUCUCGCAUCAUCUUUCCCGUGUUGUUUUUCAUCUUCAACCUGGUCUACUGGGCCACCUACGUCAACAGGAAACCCACCAUUAUGAAGUCCAACCCCCAGAAGUGAUUCUGACCCCAGGAGACUGGUGGAUCUGAGAGGACAGGAGGUCCAGUACUUAACAUGCUAGCGUUUCACCGUCUCUGACUUGCUUUGGGUAUUUUCAGUUAUUGGUAGGCCGAAGACUAACGUAGAGCCGUUUUUCUGUACAUAAUCCGAGGUUUUCUUUUCAUUUGUGUGCGGUUACAGUUUCGCUAGGUAGUAGACUUGGUUGUGUGUGUUUUUUUGACGGCAGAUGUCAUCUGUCAUGUUUGUGGUGAACAGAGAAAGGCAGAGAAGGCCUUUGUCUGAACACUUCAUGACAGAAGACCAUGUCCUUAGAAUAUGUGUGCUUGUACGUAUGUGUGUGUGUGUGUAUGCUUGUGUGUGCGUGUGUGUGUGCUUGUAUAACACACUACAUUCCCCCUGAUGUGCGUCAGACGAGGGCUGGAGAGCCACUGGCCUGUCUGAUGCGGUAGUGUUCUACCGUAGCCAGCGGCAACCAGUACGGCUUCACAGAAACAUCAUUAAUAACCCUCAGUGUUUGGCCCAGAUGAAUUUCAACAGACCCGAUGCAAUAUCAUUUGGAAUUGCUUUUGUGUCCUAUGGGUUUGUCUGCACAUUUUCCAGGCCAGCGACUCUUUAUUAUUUUAACAGGCUGAGUAUGCUUAAAACAUAAAGAAGGGGUUUGUGCCUUUUUUUAAUACACACAUUAUCAAACAAACAAUGCAGCUUUCGAUACACUAGAAUGAAAACACACACAUGCACACAUCUGACACACACUGAC